AUGAUGCUGGCGACGACAUCGACCCAGCGCUUGCGGCGUCAGGCUGCCCCCAUAUUACACGACCUUUAUCAAUCUCGGCAUUUGCAUUUCCUGCAGCAGCAAUUGGGAAACUCAUUGCAACGCAAUGGAAUGCGUGGUAUGUUACGUACUGUACAUCAAAAUCCACUGAGGAUGCGUCAAGUGUUGCAGUCAACGCGUUCGCGCUCAUUUUUAAAGAAUACAAGUGCAGAGAAGACAUUGAGCUGGGCAACGUGGUUGCAGGAGAAUAUUCCAAAGGGUUUUGGACGAUUCUAUCCAAAGACUGGAGGUACUGGUGGUAAAGUUGGUGGACCACCGAAGAAUGCACCGAAAACAGGCGAAAAAGAAGCGGGAGGUGUCAAGAAACUAAGCUCCAAGACUGCAGAGGGAAAGACUAAAGGAAGCAAAGGCUCUUCGGGAGGCAGUGGUGGUCCAAGCGGCAAAGAUGGCAUGUACCUUCUUCCACUUGCUGUGGCGGGAAUGUUCUUGGCCGAAUUGGCUUCUUUUGACAAGCCCAUGCAAGAAAUUACAUACCAGGAGUUUCGGAACUCUUUCUUGGAAUCUGGACGCGUAGAAAAGCUCGUGGUGGUGAAUAACAAGUAUGUCAAGGUGUUUCUGAACGAUACAGUCAGUAAAUCAUCGUCGUUAGCAUCAGGCUCGGUGUCGGGUACUAGCAAUGACUUUUCAGACUGGCAGGACCCCAAUGCGAAGGGUCCGCAUGAGUACGACUUUGCAUCAGAGCCGGAUCGUCAAUCUGAUGGCAGUCGUGGAGCAACGUUACCUGGAAAGGGAUCACGUGGUGCUUCAAGUCAUUCGAACUUCAAUCCUGUGUAUUAUUUUAACAUCGGCAGUGUGGAGGGUUUUGAGCGACAGAUUGAACACGCACAGCACCAGAUGGGCAUUCGUCCUCAUGAUUACAUUCCGGUACAGUAUACUAGCGAGAUUAGCUUUGCAGCAGAAGUGAUGAAGUUCCUGCCGACUAUUUUGCUGAUCGGUUUCCUGCUUAUGACCAUGCGUGGUGUGGGAGGUGGGGCUGGUGGCGGCGGCGGCCUUGGCAACAUCUUCAAGGUUGGCAAGAGUCCAGCCAAAAAGAUCGUCAAGGAGGACAUAAAGAUUUCGUUUAAGGAUGUGGCCGGUGUGGACGAGGCCAAGAAGGAGAUCAUGGAGUUUGUGGACUUCCUUCGCAACCAGAAGCGUUUCAUGGAUCUUGGUGCCAAGAUUCCUAAGGGGGCGCUGCUUGUUGGUCCGCCUGGUACGGGUAAGACGCUGUUGGCAAAGGCCACAGCUGGUGAAGCUAGUGUGCCAUUCUUUAGCAUCUCGGGGUCGGAUUUCAUCGAGAUGUUCGUAGGCGUGGGUCCGUCACGCGUGCGUGAUCUGUUUAAGGAGGCUCGUGCGAACGCUCCGUGCAUCGUGUUCAUCGAUGAAAUCGAUGCAGUGGCGCGUGCACGAAGCAAGGGUAACUUCUCGGGCGGCAAUGACGAGCGCGAAAACACGCUUAACCAGCUGCUAGUUGAAAUGGAUGGUUUCAAUUCGAGCGAAGGUGUGGUGGUGCUUGCUGGUACGAACCGCGCUGAUAUUCUUGACAAGGCUAUCUUGCGCCCAGGUCGUUUCGACAGACAAAUUACUGUGGAUGUCCCCGAUAUUAAGGGUCGUCGUGAAAUCUUCAAGGUGCACCUCAAGGGGCUGACGCUGGAUGGCGCUGUGGAUGACUUCGCUCGCCGAAUGGCUGCACUAACCCCCGGCUUUGCUGGAGCUGAGAUUGCCAACAUUUGCAACGAGGCUGCAAUUGUGGCCGCGCGACGAAAUGGCAAAAGCAUUUCGUUUAAGGAUUUUGAACAAGCCACUGAUCGUGUAAUCGGCGGGCUCGAGACGAAUCGCAUCAUGUCGCCGGAGGAAAAGAAGACGGUGGCGUACCACGAGGCUGGUCACGCUGUGGCUGGUUGGUUCCUAGAGCAUGCUGAUCCGUUGUUGAAGGUGACCAUCGUCCCACGAGGAAAAGGAUCGCUCGGGUACGCGCAGUAUCUCCCGAAGGAGGUUGCUUUGCACAGCAGUGAGGCCUUGACUGACAUGAUGUGCAUGGCAUUGGGUGGCCGCGCGUCGGAGCAUGUGAAUUUUGAUGGCCGUAUCACGACUGGAGCUUCUGAUGACCUCCGUCGUGUAACUCAGAUUGCCUACUCAAUGGUGCAGUUGUACGGUAUGAACGAUCGCGUUGGACAGCUCUCCUUCCCUAAGGACGAGGGUGCAUUCCCGGACAAGCUUUACAGUGACAAGACUUCCGAGGUUAUGGACGAGGAGGUGCAAAAGAUUGUCCACAACGCGUACGAGCGCACAAAGCAACUUCUGAAGGAAAAGCAGUUGCAGCUACACGAGUUGGCUGAGGAACUGCUGCAGAACGAGACUAUUAACCACUCGGACAUUGUGCGUGUGCUGGGACCCCGUCCGUUUGGCGGUAACAAGACAUACACCGAGUUUGUGGAAGAGUCUUGGAAGGACGCUGACAAAUAUGAAGCAGACAAGGCUAAGGCGUCCGAGGCAGCUGCCAAGGCAACGGCUGAGGUGAAGAACAGCGAAGAGACGACGUCGACUAACCAGGACGACGACACUAAAGACGACAACACCAAGGACGACGACAUUAGAGACGAUAACACUAAGGACGACGACACUAAAGAUGACGCUAAUGAGGACGACGACACUAAAGAUGACAAUACCAAGGACGACAAGAAGUAG